CUGCUUUGUUUCCCUCUCUCGGCCCUCUCCUUACAUUUGCAUUAAGUCUCGUCAAUUUCACGUUUACUAAUUAUUCCUUUGUUUUUAGAGAAUGGGAUUCUGUCGCCGUUGUGGAGAUAUUGUCGCUGGAACACGCUGUAAGUGUGGUGGCACAGCUGUUGCUCCUGCUGUGGCAUGGAACCCAAGCAGUAUGAAGGAGGGUCUUCAGGAUCGUUGGUCAAAUACGUAUGUGACUAAAGACAGACCGCCGCCUGGCCCGCUUUCUCCAAACGUGACCGGGUCGUCCUCGAAGCAAGGGUCUACCGUGAACGACGGUAAACGUUUUCCACAGCCUACAAGCUCUACCCCCUUAUCUUCUACUUCUGCACUCGCAACCCGUGUUUCUGAGCAUAUAGCAUCCACCACUUCCCAACUCGGCCGCCCAUCGUCACCGCUCAAGCAGUCAGUUGCGGCCCCUGAAGCUGACAUUCUUCCCUCACCAUUACCCUUCGAUAAUUCUCUCUCCAAGGUCUAUGGAUCAGUACUCCAGCCUAAGGAGACUCUUAACACCCAUUCGUGUUCCAUCUGCUCAUCCAUAUUCCCUCCUGACGCCACUAUAUAUCCUGAUCCUUCCAAGCCAGAUGAUGCUUCCUCUGGUUUCCUUUGCCGUUCAUGUUACACCACCAACGGGGGAUCCAAAGGCAUUUGCCCUACAUGCUCUCGACCGGUACUCGCACUCAAGUCGGAAGGCGGGUUUAUCUGUGCCGACGGUAAAUAUUGGCAUAAGCGGUCCUGCUUCAUCUGCCAAGGAUGCUUCAAGAAUGUCGGGCACGCACCUAUGGUCGACUUGUUAGGCCGACCAACUUGCGCGGAAUGUUUUGAGAAUUGCCUCAAACGCGACCGUACGCCAAAGAAGAGUCGCGACAGUAUAAGCAGCAGCCCCAUGAGCAAUCUUGGUGGGAUGAAUGUCAAUUCCAAGAACAGGAGUCGAGAAGGGAGCCCAGCAAUAGAGGAAUUAGAGCAACGCCUGGGCAUAAGAAGUCGGGAGGCGAGUCCAUCGAUGGAGGAUUCGUUUAGUCGAUCAGGCUUGAUUGGAAGCUCACCAAGUCCCAGACCCCGGCCUUCUAGUGCCGUUUCGGGGUCACCGUCCUUUCAUUCUCUGUCCCCUGUCGAUAGGCUAUUGGACCAGAAGGGGAGCCCCAGUCCCAGUCCUCGGGGCAAAUAUGACCGCUUCAAGAAUGCUAAGCUGGAUUCCCAUCGCAGCAUAGACCUUUCGCCUUCAUUCCGUCCCAUUACUUCAGAACAUAGUCCGUCAAGAUUGGCGGGUCCCGAUCUUGAUGCUGUACAGGAGAUGAAGAAUCGAUUUUUAAGUUCGGACAACAGCCCCAAGCUGUCGUCUCCCUCACCACCCUUGAAACAUGCUCGUUCCUCUGGAUCCUUCUCCAAUCUCCCCAACUCCAGCCCCAAAAAUCUUGGGAGCUUCGAGCUUCCUUCCACGCCAGACUUGCUUUCUGAUGUCUCUGACGCAGGAACCUUUUCUUCCUCGGGCCCGGAUUCUCCCCCAAGAAACGACCUAUCCGACCUUUCAAUUGAUCGAGCUCUAUCGAGCAAUCGUCGCAUGCAUAAAUACGCUUCAAGGUACUCAAGAGCUGAUGCCAUGGAACCCGACGACGGCCAUACCGGAAGAGACCAAAUUCCUGUACCCCAUCGACUUUCCACGUCAAAUUCUCCGAAACCUUUGACCGUCACCACUAAUCAAGUUUCCCAGAGUACGGUGUGCGCCAAAUGCUCGCAUCCAUUGUUUUCCAUUCAUGGUGGCGGCCGGUUCGUCACCGUGCCCAACGCCGAUGACGGGACAUCACAGACCUUUCACGCAGAUUGUUUCACCUGUGCCAUUUGUGAUUUACCUUUCCGAGAGGCGAGUCAAGGACAAGCAGUGUUUGUUAAAACAGACAGUGGUGCCUGUCACGUCGAGUGUGCGCCUACAAAGAUAAUCACUCGAACAAUAUCUACUCCUUCACCCUCACGCCCAGCAGCAAUAAAAUCAACCUCAUCGUCGUCCAGUCCUCGACAUCAGGCACCAACAUCUUCUAGCCCCAGGCAUCAGACAUCAGCGUCUUCUAGUCCCAAACCACAAUCAGGUACUGCCACAUACGGAUCAUCAAGCAGAUACGAGCGCCCUCCAUUGACGGCACUUGCAACGUCGCUUCCUGCUUCUUUCCCUCGUUUUGGCAGUUCGACAUCUUGCCCCGGUUGUCGAAAGUCUGUUUCUCCCAUGGAGCGAGGCGUAGUUCCAGGGCCUCAGGGUACUCGAUGGCAUGCACCAUGUUUAGUUUGUGGCGGUAAGAAGGAGACCAAGGGUUAUGCAAGGUUCAGAGAUGAGAAGAAGAAAGACGAACCUGGUUGCGGCAAGCGUUUGGAUAGUGCUGCUAAAACUGACGGAGAAGGAGGUGUCUGGUGCCGUGAAUGUCUCCUAUUACUUUCCAACGAGCCACGAGCUUCACCUCACGGGUCACCUACGCGUCCACUUUCAAUGUCCUCCUUCGGAGAUGGUCUAUCGAAGCUUCUACCCCAGAACACAGGAACUACAACGAUAGCGAGACAGUUCACGGGACUAGGCGCCGGUGGUCCUAAUGACGGGUCUUUACGCAGGCAACUAACAGGAGGAGCGUUAGGUCCCACCAGAAGUCUUAGUCCGACGAAACAGAUUGGUGUGGGUAUGAGGCCUCGUCCAAAGAGCGUAAUCGGGAUGAGAAGCUCGAAGAGUGUGGAUGAAGGACGUGGUAUGUUUCUCGUCAGGCAGAUGACGGGUUCUGGUGCUUGCUGAGAUUGCGGUCGCAUAUUGUUACCCGCUUUGGCAUUUACGCAAUGGACUGAAAGUAGUGUGUUUGUGAACGUGAAUUUAACCUCGUAAGACUCCCUGUUAUGUGAUUGCUUUCGUUGUACAUCUCCUGUAAUUGAUAACGCUCGAAGGACUAUUACUUACUGAUAACACAUCCACGGAUAGAUAGAUUCAAUAUCCUUCUCGAAUCCCUUUUUCUGGUUCUAUUGUUACCAUUCUUGUAGGACUUGUGCUUCUGCUAUAAAAAUGUCUCUUGAUAGCUGC